AUGAGGCGACACUCGAGAUCAGAAAGUUUCGGGAAGACUCCUGAGACUGUUGAAGAUGAAGUUAAACAAGAGAAAACAAAGAGAGCGAAAAGCAGCAUAAUCAAAGAUUACUUGGUAGAUUAUACUGCUAAUUCUAAUCUCCAUGGAUUGAGAUAUAUUGGGGAGAAAGAGAGAACCUACGUGGAAAAAAUUUUCUGGCUGUUCAUGUUCACAUGCUGCGUUGUCCUCUGCGCGGGAUUGAUUCGAAAAGUUUGGAUUAAAUGGAACGAAAGUCCAGUCAUCGUCAGUUUUGCUGAGAACCCUACUCCAGUAUGGCAGAUACCUUAUCCCGCAGUGACUGUCUGUUUUGAAACAAAGGCUAUGCAAAGAAAGUUUAAUUUUACGGAAUACUAUCAUCUGUACUUGAAUCAACGAGAAAAUCUUUCUGUAUAUGAGCAACAUAUGUUUGAAGAUGUAUCAAUGGUGUGUGAUGACCAUCUUGCACCUCCGAAUGGUCGAAAAUUUUCGUCUGGAAGCGACACCGUCGAAAAUAUUAAAUCGGUAUCACCAAACUUGACUGAAGUUUUCUUUGGAUGCAAAUGGAAAGAUAUACCGAGUGAAAACUGUUCAGAUUUAUUUUCUCCCAUUCUGACGGAAGAAGGGCUUUGCUAUACAUUCAACACAUUAGGACCUGAUGAAAUGUUUAGACUGGAUAAUUUACAUAAAAACUACCCGUAUUUGGAACAUAAUAAACGAGCCGAAUCGUGGAGCUUGGAAGAGGGAUACAUGUCAGGAACACCUAUAGAAACUUAUCCUCACAGAGGCGCUGGUUAUGGCGUGAAAUCAGGUCUUACUUUCCUACUGAAAGCCAAAAAAGUUGAUCUGGAUUAUUUGUGCAGAGGACCUGUUCAGGGUUUUAAGAUACUGUUGCACAAUCCGGCAGAGCUGCCUAGGCUUUCACAACAGUACUUCCGAUCACCUCUAUCGCAAGAGGUAGUCGUUGCGGUGAAACCUAAAAUGAUGACCACUUCCUCCGGCCUUAAACCUUAUGAACCUACCAGACGACAAUGUUAUUUUCCAAGCGAACGCUAUCUCCAGUACUUCAAGGUGUACACUCAAGCUAACUGUGAGAUGGAGUGUUUAGCGAACUUUACCUACACAAGGUGUGGAUGUGUGCAUUUUGGAAUGCCCUAUGGGCCGAAUAUGCAGGUGUGCAAUGCUGGCAGCAGAGAAUGUAUAAAAUCAGCUCAGAUGGAACUGGUGACAAUUGAAAUUCAGUCAGGCCUCGACAGCCGGGUGGGCAAUGAUUCCGAUUCUCUUGGAGAGGCCCUGGCGGUGUCAUCUAGGUGUCAGUGUCUACCAGCUUGUACAUCCAUCGAGUACGAGGCUGAGACGUCCCAGGCGGACUAUGAUUGGGCAGCCAUAUUCCGGGCCUACAAAUUGAAUAACGUUUCUGAAGAACUAAAGGACUUGACAUACUCCCGUGUGAUGGUGUUUUUCAAAGAGGCCCAGUUCAUCACAUCUCGCCGGUCGGAGUUGUAUGGACAAACAGACUUCCUCGCUAACUGCGGUGGUUUACUUGGACUGUUCAUGGGUUUCUCUAUUCUCAGCGUCGCAGAAAUUGUUUACUUCCUAACGCUGAGAUUAUGCUGUCUUCUUUGGCGCCGUCGAAACAAGCAGCGACGAAUUGAUUUUGCAAAAAGUUCUAACAUCCCUGGACCGAGCCCAAAUAAAGUAAUUCAUCCAUACAACGAAUAAUAAGGCAAUAUAAAAAUAAAAAAAAAAAUACAUUUGGUAACAGAUACGGACUUUUUAUUGGUGUUUACAUGUUAAUGGAAAGGAGCAUCGUGGCAUUUUAUUAUAUUUAAGAGCACAAUCAAUUUUGCUGUUUAUUCACUAGUUUUUUAAGUUACUAAGUAUUUAAACUUAGUCCCUUUUACUACCUAAUUCUACUUGUUUUAAAUGUAAUAUUGAAAAAAUAUCGAUGUACUAAAUUACAAGUGAUUAAAUACAAAUAAAGAUUCUUUCCGCAAAUUAAAGUUUUAUUUCUUAAUUAACUAUUUACUUUGCUAUAAAUUUUACACAGUACUAGGACCGCUCAGUUUUUUCUUAGGAGCAUAUCCAAUUCUGUUAUGAAUUUCUUCUAUAGUUUUCACAACGUCUAACGGUUUUGGAGUGUCUUCCUGCAUUUCAGUGGUUGAUGAAGAAUUAUUUCCUUGCUCUCUCCGGAAAGAUUCAUAUUCUUGAAGAUCAUCUAACUUUAAGGUGAUUUCUGUUAAAGGUCGUCGGAUCAUUUUUCCU